CCAAUAUGAUCUUCACAAACCAGUCAGUGGUCCCUAAUGUUACAACUAUAGAGGAAUCCCUCAAGAUGUUUAUCAACACGUCCACAGUCUUCUUAGACAUUAUUACUGUCAGUAUCAAUGCGGAACUCCAGAAUAACACGACUACUACUACAACUACCAAAAAUAUCACAGCCAUCCCCACAACAACUACAGCUGAAUUAACAACAACCACAGAUGCUCCCACAACAACCAUAACUGCUCCUAAAACAACCACAGAGGCACCAACGACAACUACAGCUGGGGCAACAACCACAGCCGAAAUAAGAACACCCACAGCUAACACCACAACAACCACAUCAGCCAAAACGACAUCUACAGCUGGGGUAAAAACAAUCACAGCUGUCCCCAAAACAACCACAGCUACAACAGCAGCUCAAAGCACCACAGAUGCUCAUGAAAAAAACACAGUUGAUCCCACACCAACCACAGCUGACACUGCAACAACCACAGCUGCUCCCACGACAACCAGCGCAGCACCAACAACAGCUACCGUUGCAGCUGCUCCCACAACAAACAUAGCUGCUGCUAUGACAACAGCUGCGGCAACAACAAGCGAAGCCGUACCCACAACGACCACAGCUGCACCCACAAAAACCACAGCUGAUAUCACAACAACCAAAGUUGCUACCACAACAAACACAACUGCACCCAAAUCAACCACAGCUCCUCCAACAAUAACCACAGCUGAUCCCACAACAAUCACAGAUGUACCAACAGCAACUACAACUCAGGCAACAAUCACAGCCAUCCUCACAACAUCCACAGCUGCUGCCACAUCAACAGCCGUCCCCACAACCAUCCCAGCUGCCGCAAACACAACCACAGCUUCCCUCAUAACAACCACAUCUGCUGCUAUGACAACAACUGCUAAGGCUACAACAACCACAGCCAUCCUCACAUCAACCACAGCAUCACCCACAACAACAAACACAGCUGUGGCUAUGACAACUACAGCUCUGCAUACAACAACCACAGCUGCACCCACAACAACAGCUGCUCCCACAAAAACCAUAGCUGCUGCUAUCACAAAAGCUGCUGCAUCAACAACCAAACCCAUGCCCACAACAACCACAACUGCUCCUACAACAAUGACAGCUUUACCAAUGACAAAUACUGCUGCGACGACAACAACCACAGCUGCUCCCACAACAACCACAGCUGCGCCCAAAACAACCAGAGCUGCGCCCAAAUCAAACACAGCUUCUCCAACAAUAAUCACAGAUGCUCCCACAACAACCACAGAAUUAACAAUGGCAACUACAGCUGGGGCAACAAUCACAGCCGUCCUCACAACAACCACAGCUGAAUUUACAACAUCUAGAGCUGCUACGAGACCCACUGCUGCACCCACAACAAUCACAGAGGCACCAACAACAUCUAGAGCUACUACAGCAGCUCACACAACCACAGCCUCUGCUACAACAACAACAACAACAGCUUCGACCACACCCACAGCAACUGCCUCUAUAACAAUCACAGCUUCGACAACAACAAUCAUAUCUGCAACUAUGUCAACAAUAGCUGCUGCUACAACAACCACAGCCAUCACCACAACAACCACAAUGCGGCUACGACAACUACAGCUGUGUCUAUUCACCCACAACAACCACAGCUUCUACGACAAACACCACAGCUACUCCCACAACAAUCACAGAGGCACCAACGCCAACUACAGCUGGGGCAUCAAUCACAGCCGUCCUCACCACAAUCCCAGCUGCCACAAACACAACCACAGCUUCGCCCAUUACAACCACAUCUGCUGCUACGACAACAAUAGCUGCGGCUACAACCACAGCCAUCCUCAAAUCAACCACAGCUGCACCCACAAAAACAACAGCUGCUCCCACAAUAAUAAUUGCUGCUGCAAUGACAAUAGCUGCUGCAUCAACAACCGAUGCCGUGCCAAUAACAACCACAACUGCUCCUACAACAAAGACAUCUUUACCAACGACUAA